AUGCAACGCAAAAAGUUGUUGCUUGGCGACUGGUCUCGUUACAUCUGUUGCGCCGGACUUUGUGGAGAUCUUUCUUGUUGCGCCGGCGAAAGCCUUGGGCCAUUCUGUAUGUGCAUGGAAGCUACCUUUUGUCUUGGAUGUGCUGUACACGGCAAUCGGUUCAUGGUGCUUCAACACUAUAAUCUUGAGAAUGAUUGUUGUGAUAUCUGUGUUACGUGCCUUGCAUGCUUGCUGAGCAUAUUCGCUUUAAUCUUGCAAAAUGAUUCUAUAAAAAUGCUAGCAGACAUCGUCUUUUAUGCCACAGUUGGGUGUAUGCUGGCCCAACAUGAGCAUCAGAUGAGGAAACUUGGCUAUCCAAAGGGGCAGAAUAUGGUAUAG